CCUCGUUAAUCUUAGUUUUUGCUCAGCAGCAUUUCACUAUCGGCUUCUAAACCUGCAGAGGAGCGUCUCUGUCUGUCAGGCACGUGUUUGUGUGCUGACGAAAGGCCUGAACAAUUCGAGUGAGGAUCUUCGGGUGGGAUAGGAGAAGGAAAGAGAUAGAGAGUAGUUAAAAUUUUCGAUUGUGAUGGACGUAUUGGAAGAUUUAGAGUUAGAGAAAAAUCCCUUUGAGGGGCGACCCGUGCAAGAUGAAAUUGUCCUUGCGAUUCUCCGGUUUCUGCCCUGGUAUGAGGUGUUUCGUUUGCGUGUAGUUUGUAAGAAAUGGAAUGAAAUCCUUAGGAGUGCAUUGUUUCGAGAGAAGUGGCACAGGGAUCCGAAUCAAGUUCCCCUUUGCUUCUCGAGCUGUUGUAGGAUUCAGGGCAACACGUUCUAUAAUCCCGCCACCGAAAGUUGGCAUGUCUGUGAGGGCGAUUUUGCCGUUUUCAAGAGAAAUUCCAGCAUUUGCGCGUAUGGUGUGAAGGAGGAUGAAGAGUUUCAUGUCGUUGGCGCUGCCGAGGGCCUUCUCUUACUACAGGUAGUGCACGAUGAGGAUCCUUAUUCAGAUGACGAAAAAUCUACGUAUGAUUUGUACGUGGCCAACCCGUUGUAUCCGUCAAACCUGAAGAAGUUGAUUCUUCUGCCAGAAUUGCACUAUGUGGAAACCAGCAGAGUUAUCGGAAUGAUGUGGAACGAGGUUACACACUCUCAUCAGGUUCUCGCAGCAUACUAUCCUCAUGGUGUCUCGGACCAAGGGUAUCUGGAUGAAGAGGAGGAGGAGGAUGGACCCUAUGACGAGAGUAGCGGCUGGGUUUUCUUCAAUUACGAUUUGAAGACUGAUGAGUGGAGUCAGGUUGCAAGAUGGCCCGAGGAGAAAUUCCGACAUUUUCAAAGUCCAUCAAUGUCAGAAGGCCAGUUAUACUGCCUAGGAAAGCUUUCGCAUCCUCCUUCUUCUCUAGUGCGAUCACGUAGGUACCGUGUGUAUCAUCUUGAUAACUCAAAUCUGAAUUGGCUCCAUGAACCCACGUGGGUGGGUGACAGUGAUAUCGGGCUACCGCAUCCCCUUGACUUUGCCACUCUUUUCCAUCGCGAGGACAAAGAAUGGCCUGGAUACAAGACUAUGGUAGCAGGUGGCACUGUAGAUCGUCACAUUUUUCAGAUCGAAGGUCCUACCUUGAGGAACUUUUAUAUCUGGAGAAUUAUGGAAGAAUACGAGGACGAAGAGAACGUGUGGGUGGAGGCUCACCUCAUGCCUGAAGAUCUUUUGACAAGAAUCAACGAUCGUUCUAUUCAGUGCCAGUUUAGGUGUGCAGGGAACGGUAGAUUCCUCUGCGUUGCAAACUCGUGGAACGAUGUCAUAAUGUGUGAUAUGGCAACCGAUUCCUGGUGGAUGCUUCCAGCGCAUCCCUCUGGUUUUGAUUAUGACUCGGAAGAGGCGUUCGCUCUGCAUCUGUGCGAGCCUAGAGUGGACAUUUUCCUUGAAAAUGUUGGAAACGAAGUGUUGAUAGAGUAGAGAUGUUCCGUUUGAAGCUCGACCAGUAUUGGUAGAAGAAUUCCCCGUGUUUGGAGCUUAAGAUUAAUCUGUAUCCGGAGUGGCGGCCUGUCGUAGACCUGGAUUCCAUCGGCUGGUUUAUUCGUGUAGAAUCGUUAGGGUAGUUUCACAGUGUCCUGAAGGCUGAUUGUGGUGUAGGCUAGUGUUGAAAGUGUGUUGAUUCUGUGUAUUGAAUCGAAUCGGGACAUUAUAGAAGCAUAUUCUGCUUUCAGAAAAUGGUCGUUCCAGAAACUGAUUUGCUUCUGCUCUCUUGGUUUGAUUAUCUUCUAGUAUACCUGAUGUGCACGUCCGCAGUUCUUGCUGGGGGCUAUGAAUGAUAUGGUCCGCCGUUUCUGAAAUUUUCGAGACAACCUAUGACAUCACAGAUUUACAAUUAAAAUCGGAAACGCUGAUUUGAAUUGUUGAUUUUACUGUUUGUUUUUUUGAUCGUGAGGGCAGCGUGAGGUUAUGAGAGAAACGGAUGAGACUCCGGAAGUCUUCUUAAAGUCAAGCUGAAUUAUACGAUUCGAACAUCCUCACGAGCCAUAUGCAUUGAAGUUUGUGAAAGAAUAACGUCGAACAGUUCAACUACCGAAGCUUCGCUCUCCCCGAUCGGCAUGGACCCUAGUUUUAAAUAUCCGUCAGAUGAUGUUGUGAG